AUGCCUCCCAAAAGCAACCAAUAUUCCACAGUAUCACACUCGGAUAACUAUGAUGAUUCCACUACCGAAGUCGACGAGUCGCUCAUGGGCGAUGAGAAGCAAUGGCACUCGAUAGACCUAAAAGCAGAAGGAAGCAAAAAGGGGAGCACAUGGAAAGCAGUCAAGGUUCUCUUGAGGAGGUACCGAUGGCUCAUUGACACACUCCUCCUCCUCACCAACAUCGGCCUCUCAUUGGGGUUAUCACUUCUGUUAUACUACCAAUUCGAAGACGCCAAGUUCCCGUCGCGAAUGACACAGAUUGGCGGCGAUUACACGGGCGCUGGACCCCAAUUUCCAAUCCAGAUCAAAAAGUUCGAUGCCAACUACGCCGUCGUCCCUCCCAAUGCGACAGAAUUUGUUUCCGAAGCUACACUCAACCAAUGGCGAUCGCUUCUGCCUGCUGGUGCUGGCUGGAAGUCAGAAGAUGAUGGUCCCUUCUUUACUACAACCAUGACCCAUCAAUUGCAUUGCAUCUUCAUGAUGGGACGCAUCUACUCCGGAAUAGUCACCAACAAGACCGACAAGCUUACAGCCGAUCACGAUACCCAUUUCUACCAUUGCAUAGACUAUCUCAGACAAGCAGUCAUGUGUUCAGCGGAUCUAGCACUUGAGCCUCAUUUGAUCACGGACGCCGACGAUAAUGGUCCUGGAGACGGCAGCUGGAACGGCAUGCAUGUCUGUAAGGAUUACAGCCAAGUGAUAAAAUAUGUGGAUCGUCAAAUCACAGAAGGAGUUCGUGUAGUCCUGCCGAUAGACGACUAA